GCUAUCUAGUAUGUCGGUGCAGUCUGAGUAAAUGGGCGCUAUCUGGGCACCGCAGCACGUGCAGCGGCUCCUACAUACUUCGUUUCACUGCAAUUGUCGUGUACUCAAUACUUGCUCAAUACACUCAAUACAUCGGUGACCGAAAACAUGCGCCCAUUGAAGUUGAAGACUCCAAUGAAGAGGCGGUUCGCUGACAGUCCAUCGACCGAUCUGGUAACUCCGGAAAUUCUGUUGAAUUACAAAACCGCGCUCCAUCAACCAGCUGGUCUUCAAAUCCUUCGACAACCCGGAAUACGAAUCCAUUGCUCGACAGUUGGAGAAUAAUGGCCGACCUCUACACGACAGAAGACAGCACAAAGAACAACACCAUCCUCCAUCGACGAGACAACCUCAUUGCGUAUAUCGUCGAGACUCCUUCUAGAAUUUUACAUCACGAACGAAGCACAAUUUACAAGGGACCUUACCGGGAACCCAUCGGCUUCAUAGAAUUUCAUGAAUUUCAUGAUGAUAUCGUCGAAAUCAGAGGUAGAAGCUUUCUCCCGCAUCGAGCGCACGAGACAAGCCACUUUAGUGAUUCCAAAGAGUUCAUUGCCUCAGAUGGGCUGGCGUACAAGUGGAAACACCAUAGUCAUGGAGUGUGGGAGCUACUUACACAAGAUGGAUCGCAUACUCUCGUUGCUCGAUACGACCGGAAAGCCAUUUCUAUCUACCCACAGGCGUUGCACAUAGCAGACGAAGUGAUCGUGACACUGUUCUACAUGCGCCAAUAUAAAAAGAAAGAAGAUGAUGAGGCAAUAGUCAACAACGGAAUUAUUGCAGGACUCAAUAGUUGAUGAUUCACACAUUUACAACAUGUUACAUACCAGCUUUAGCUUCAGAGCCUCCUUCAUCUUGCAAUUAAUUCUGUCGAUCCAUUCGUGCUCGACUGAAAACGAUGCUCUACAACUUCAAGCGUAACACCGGAAGCUUUAUGUAAAUUGUUCCCUUUCGAUUUGAGUCUCUCCUAGCAUUAUCCACCACCCCCCUCUUAUACCCUUCUUCCCUCCCUCUUAACUCUAGUCAUUCCGACAUGCCCCAGAAAUGAUUCAGAUGACCAGUCACAGGAGUGCUGCACGCAAUGCUGAAUAAAUAUCAAAAGUCUGUCUCAAGGUAGAAUACCUUGUUUCCUGUUCGCCGCAGGAGAGUAAAGGCCUAUACUGGGAAGGUU